UCAUCACCUUGGGCCAAAAAUAUUUAAGAGAGAGGGGAAGAGAACCGUGAGAAAGAGAGAGAGAGGGGGAGAGAGUUCUAGAGAGAACUCAAAGAGAAGAAGGGAGAGAGCAGGAAUAAAAGAGAAAAUCAAAGAGUUGGCUUGAAUUUAUCAUGGUUAUGCAAGAACAAGUGAUGGUAAAGGCUUAAGGUCAAGACGAGGACAUCGUCCCAUUGUUACCAGAAGCCCAGCACUACUAACAUGUCCUUUUUUCACUGAGAGCUAGCACCAAUACAAACCCAAAAACUGACCUCAUAAAAAGGAUAAAAGAAUGGCAGAUGUCACUGCAGAAGUGGUACACAAUGGUGGAUGUCACUGCAGAAGCGUAAGAUGGCGAGUCCAAUCACCCCCUAGUGUGGUAGCUUGGCAAUGCAACUGCUCUGACUGCUCCAUGAGAGGAAACACUCACUUCAUUGUCCCUUUGGGAAAGUUUGAGCUUCUGGGAGACUCCAAACAGUUCCUCACAACGUACACCUUUGGCACUCAUAAAGCGAAACACACAUUCUGUAAGGUUUGUGGCAUAACUUCAUUUUAUACUCCACGGUCAAAUCCAGAUGGGGUUUCUGUUACAUUUAGGUGUGUUGACCCUGGAACACUAACCCAUGUCGAGAUUAAGCACUUUGAUGGGAGGAAUUGGGAGAAGUCAUACCAUCAAACUGGAAUUGCUUCAUGUUCACAUCCUUCCAAAAAAGCAAAAAUGAUUUCAUAGAAUUCUUUUUUCUUUUUUUGUUUUUUGUUUUUUGUUUUUUGUUUUUUGUUUUUGCAGACAUUGGUAUCUUGCCUGCAGUGUGAAUGUUGAGUAUGUAUGGUAAGAGAUGGUUUUUAUGAAAGAAGAAACUGGUAUUAAUAUAGAGAAUAAUUUUUUCUGUCAUCAAAUGUGCCUUUGUUGCCUAGUUUGAUUUCUUGUCAA